AUGCCUGACCUGAGCGUGCGCUUGGCUUUUACUGCCUAUCGGAACUGGUUGAAUGCAACGGAGCGCAAUCCUGAGGCUCACAAGUUGAUGGCCAAGGAGCAAUUACCCACACUCAAUUACACACCAUUGCAGCUUUUCUUCAUAAGCUACGCUCAGCUUUGUGAAGCUGCUAUUGAACUCAAUGCGCACUCGGAAGCUAUAAUACAGCUUUCAAAAGCAGCUGAGAUUGCCAGUUUCAUGAACGACAGCAUUGAUCCGUGUGAUGAUUUUUACGAGUUCGCCUGUGCUAGAUAUGGUACCAUCAAUCCGACCAACAAUGUGAUAUUCACAGGACUUAUGGAAACCGUAAGCAAAGGCUUUCGGCGCAAGGUAAAGCAGCUGCUCAACAGCCCGCCCGACGCUAAGAACACACCCGAAGAUCUGCAAGUUAAAAUGUUUUACAAUUCUUGCUUACGACUGGAACAACUAGACAGCACAUAUCCGAAUAAAUUAAGGCAAAUUAUAGACGAAUUCGGCUUCAUGCCCGUGCUGCAGGGGGAUGCCUGGCAAGCCUCAAGCUUUGACUGGUUGGACACCGUAGCGCGCAUUUCACAUCGCUACGGCAUUAUAAUAAUCAUUGGCGUUGAGGUAGGCAUGAAUGUUUUCGACAAUAAAAAGAAUGUGAUGUAUUUAGGCGGCCAGCAAAUGGCUCUGAAGAGUCGCAGCAUAUACCUGGAUGAGGAGACAGCAAAUUAUAGAAAAAUCUAUGCUAGUAAAAUUGCACAAAAUCUGCAUAGUUGGCUCGGCGUAUCCAAGGAAUUGGCACAAGAAACUGCUAAUGAAAUAUUGAACUUUGAGGUGCAGCUGGCAGAAGGAAUGGUCGAUGAGAACGAAGGAAAACCUCUGCAAGACCUAGCGGGCUUGACCACUGUUGCCCACAUGCAGCGCGCCUAUGCGCCCAUACUCGACAUAGAGCGACUGGUCAACAUAUCGCUAGGCGAGCAGGUAACCCAGUCUAUAUAUGAAUAUAAUGCGCCGUUCCAGCAGAAUCUGUACAAGGUUAUGAACGAGACACCCAAGCGAAUUGUGGCCAAUUAUAUCUUUUACUAUCUCAUAAAUGAAUUUGGCCUCGAGCCUGUCCAAAAAAUGAACAAACGACAAAGUGAAUGCAUCGAUUUAACAACAAAGUUCUUUGCUAGCAAUCUGGAUAAUAUGGUAUAUCGUUAUUACAAUAACAGCAAGUCUGCCCGCGAUAUUGACUUGAUGUGGAAUAACCUCAAGCUGACUUUUGAGCAAACACUAAAGCACGAUCCGCUCUUAAGGUGGAUGCAGUCUAAGACAAGGCAACAGGCGGUGAAGAAGCUUAAGGCCAUGACGCUGAAAAUAAAUACAUAUAGUGUGGAGGAGCUAGCUGAAGAGUUUAUAGGUCUCGAGUUUCAGGAAGAAGACCUUUUAGAGAAUUUGCGCCGAAUCAAAAUUCAAGCGGCUGGCCUAAUGCGCAAAAAGCUGCAUGAACCCGCCAAACCUCUGCAGGCGGGUGAAAAACUAUCCUAUACACCUGCCAACAUUCUGGUAGAGAACUCAAUAAGGGUGCCAGUGUCAUUGCUGCAGUCAUAUUAUCUCUGGGCUGACAGCUACCCGCAAGCAUCUGUGAUGAGCGGUUCAACAGAGUUUGAGCACGCAAGCAAUCUUUUACUACAGUACAGAUCGUACAUCGACAAACGCGUCAAAUCAUCUGCACGACAGCUGCGCAAUCGGAGAACAUAUGUGAACAAUGCCUAUCGAAACUGGCUGAAUGCAACGGAGCGCAAUUCUGAGGCUCAGAAGUUGAUGGCCAAGGAGAAACUGCCCACGCUCAACUACACGCCGCUGCAGCUUUUCUUUAUAAGCUACGCUCAGCUUUGGUGCAAUGAGCUGAAGCCUAAUUUAAGAAAUUGGAUGUUGGCUAUUGAUCAGCAUGUACCAGGAAAGUUUCGUGUAAUUGGACCACUCUCCAAUUUUGACGAGUUUGCUAAGGAAUUUCAAUGCGCUCCUGAUACGCCCAUGAAUCCUGUUACGAAGUGUCAAGUAUAUUAGUUUUAAUACAAUUCAAUUAAAUCAAAUUUAAUAAUACCUCCUUCGCUGUAUGGCCCAACGUUUGUCAUAUGACU